AUGAGCGAUUCGCAUUGCACUGUUGUGGAGGACCAUCUCUGGAUAUGCACAGCGCAGAUAGACUAGGGAAAAUCUCAUGUAGCCAUAAUUUAACAGACGAAUACGCAGGAAAUAAAGCGUAAGUGAUUUUCCGUUGGUCCAAUCAAGAUCAUUCCAGCAAAUCGACGUAGAAAUGUAGCAGUCGGCUGGAGUGAGUGUGUGUGUGUGUGUGUGUGUGUGUGUGUGUGUGUGUGUGCGUGUGUGUGUGUGUGUGCGUGUGUGUGUGUGUGUGUGUGUGUGUGUGUGUUGUCACUUGGCCAGUAUAGCUGCUGCAUGGCUGUUCCACACCGCUGACGAUGACGUGAAAACCAGAGCCGCCGACUUACAGACCGCUGCUCCGUAUCCACAUACAUGGAGACACAGCCGGUCGUGAACGAUGGAUUGCGGUGAAAAGCUCACAGUUAGGUAGCGGUUUACCCGGGACCCGAGAAGAGUGUGUGACCAUCCACUGCACAGUCGUGUCGCCGCGGAGCAGCACUGAGGAGGAGAGGAUGGAUUUCAGCGUGCUACGGAACCUCAUCAGUAGAUACUGUGUGGGGGAGGAGAACUGGUUGGACAGUCGGACGGUGUACAUCGGACAGAAAGAGCCCCCACCGGGAGCGGCGGCAUACAUCCCUCAGCGUUACCCUGACAACCGCAUCGUCUCUUCCAAGUACACCUUCUGGAACUUCAUUCCCAAGAACCUGUUUGAACAGUUCAGAAGAAUCGCAAACUUCUACUUCCUGGUCAUCUUCCUGGUCCAGCUUAUAAUCGACACGCCCACCAGCCCUGUAACCAGCGGCCUGCCGCUCUUCUUCGUCAUCACUGUCACCGCCAUUAAACAGGGCUAUGAGGACUGGCUCCGGCACAAGGCGGACUGCUCCAUCAACGAGUGUCCGGUGGAUGUGGUGCAGCAGGGGAAGGCGGCCAGGACGCAGAGUCACAAGCUGCGGGUGGGCGACGUGGUGGUGGUGAAGGAGGAUGAGACGUUCCCGUGCGACCUGGUCCUACUGUCGUCCAGCCGUGAGGACGGCACCUGCUACGUCACCACGGCCAGCCUCGACGGGGAGUCUAGUCACAAGACCUACUACGCUGUACCGGACACCAAGGCCUUCAGAACGGACCGGGAGGUGGAGUCAUUACACGCCACCAUCGAAUGUGAACAGCCCCAGCCUGACCUCUACAAAUUUGUGGGACGCAUCAACGUCUACAAGGACACAGAAGAGCCUGUGGCUAGACCACUCGGAUCGGAGAACCUGCUCCUCAGAGGAGCCACAUUGAAGAACACACACCACAUAUACGCUGUCGCCAUUUACACUGGCAUGGAGACCAAGAUGGCGCUCAACUACCAGUCCAAGUCACAGAAGCGCUCAGCUGUGGAAAAGUCGAUGAAUGCCUUCCUCAUAGUGUACUUGUGCAUCCUGAUCAGCAAGGCGGUCAUCAACACCGUGCUAAAGUACGCGUGGCAGUGGUCCCCCGACCGGGACGAGCCCUGGUACAACCACCGCACCGAGAACGAGCGCCAGCGACCCGUGGUGAUCCGGGCAUUCACUGACUUCCUGGCGUUCAUGGUGCUCUUCAACUACAUCAUACCCGUGUCCAUGUACGUCACUGUGGAGAUGCAGAAGUUCCUGGGCUCCUACUUCAUCACCUGGGACGAGGAGAUGUUUGACGAGGAGCUAGGCGAGGGCGCGCAGGUCAACACCUCGGACCUCAACGAGGAGCUGGGACAGGUGGAGUAUGUGUUCACUGACAAGACGGGCACCCUGACGGAGAACAACAUGGAGUUCAUCGAGUGCUGCGUGGACGGCAACGUCUACGUCCCCCACGCUAUCUGCAACGGGCAGAUCCUCAGCGCCGCCUCCAGCAUCGACAUGAUCGACUCCUCGCCGGGCGGAUACCGGAGGGAGCAUGAGGACCUGUUCUUCCGGGCGCUGUGUCUGUGCCACACGGUGCAGGUGAAGGAGGAGGAGACGGUGGACGGUAUCAAGAGGGGCUUCCAUCAGGGCCGGCCCACCUCCUUCUACAUCUCCUCCUCCCCCGACGAAGUGGCGCUGGUGGAGGGUAUGAAGAGGUUGGGGUAUACCUAUUUGCGAUUGAAGGACAACUACAUGGAGAUUCUCAACAAAGACGAUGAGAUUGAGAGGUUUGAGCUCCUCCACGUCCUGAACUUUGAUUCUGUCCGGAGGAGAAUGAGCGUCAUCGUCAAGUCAAGCUCUGGAGAGUACUUGUUAUUCUGCAAGGGUGCCGAUUCCUCCAUCUUCCCCCGAGUGGUGUCGGGGAAAGUGGAGCAGGUGAAAGCCCGCGUGGAGCAGAACGCCGUGGAGGGCCUGCGGACGCUGUGCGUGGCCUUCCGGCGGCUCUCGCCGGACGACUACCAGGAGGCCUGCCUGCUCCUGACCCAAGCCAAGCUGGCCCUGCAGGACAGGGAGCAGCGGCUGGCCCAGGCCUACGACGCCAUCGAGAGAGACUUUGUGCUGCUGGGCGCCACGGCAGUGGAGGACAGGCUCCAGGAGAAGGCGGCCGACACCAUCGAGUCCCUCCACAAGGCGGGCAUGAAGGUGUGGGUGCUGACGGGGGACAAGAUGGAGACGGCGGCGGCCACGUGCUACGCCAGCAAGCUGUUCCGUCGCAGCACGCAGAUCCUCGAGCUCACCAAGAAGCGCACGGAGGAGCAGAGCCUGCACGACGUCAUGUUCGAGCUGAGCCGCACCGUGCUGCGCCAGCGCUCCAUGUCGGGGUUGUCGGUGGACUGCCUCGACUACGGCCUCAUCAUCGACGGGGCCACUCUGACGGCCGUCCUGAAGUCCGGCCCGGAGGGGAACUACCGGGAGGUCUUCCUGGAGGUCUCCCGCAACUGCAGCGCCGUGCUGUGCUGUCGCAUGGCCCCCCUGCAGAAAGCACAGAUUGUGAAGCUAAUCAAGGCUUCCAAAGAGCAUCCCAUAACCCUGGCCAUCGGCGACGGAGCCAACGAUGUCAGCAUGAUCCUGGAAGCCCACGUGGGCAUAGGAAUCAUGGGUAAAGAGGGACGGCAGGCAGCGAGGAACAGCGACUACGCCAUCCCCAAGUUCAAGCACCUGAAGAAGAUGCUACUGGUGCACGGCCACUAUUACUACAUCCGCAUUGCCGAGCUGGUGCAGUACUUCUUCUACAAGAACGUAUGCUUCAUCUUCCCCCAGUUCCUCUUCCAGUUCUUCUGUGGCUUCUCCCAGCAGCCUCUGUACGACACGGCAUACCUCACACUGUACAACAUCAGCUUCACCUCGCUACCCAUCCUCCUCUACAGCCUCGUGGAGCAGCACGUCUCCAUGGAUACGCUCAGGAGGGACCCAUCUUUGUACAAGGACAUCACGAAGAACUCUCUCCUGCGAUGGCCGGUCUUCCUGUACUGGACAUGCCUCGGCUUGUUCGACGCCGUCGUCUUCUUCUUCGGUGCCUACUUCCUGUUCGACAACACCACCUUCACCAGCAACGGCCAGCUCAUGACCACCAACACACAGAUGAUGUUUGGCAACUGGACCUUCGGCACCCUCGUCUUCACUGUGCUGGUCUUCACCGUGACAAUAAAGCUUGCCUUGGACACGCACCACUGGACAUGGAUCAAUCACUUUGUCAUCUGGGGGUCGCUGCUCUUCUACGUGAUCUUCUCGCUGCUAUGGGGGGGCAUCAUUUGGCCCUUCCUCAACUACCAGAGGAUGUACUACGUGUUCAUGCAGAUGCUGUCCAGCGGCCCCGCCUGGCUCAGCAUCAUCCUGCUCAUCACCAUCAGCCUGCUGCCAGACAUCAUCAAGAAGGUGCUGUGCCGAGCCAUGUGUCCCACGCCCACCGAACGCGCACAGGGCACUGAGAAGUUGACCCGGGGCCCGGCAGACUCAACCCCGCUCCCCUCUCAUUACCGCUUACUGAAGGGCCACGCCGCCGACUCCUCCCGAAUCCACCUCGGAGUCCCGGAAACGUCGGCGCUGGGAAUGCCUGAGCCCUUCCCUCAGAAACUGCUCCUGGCCCAGCGGCCCAAGGGAGGGGGGCCCGACCUCUGCUCCGCCGUCGGCCCCUGCGUCCUCCGUCUCUCAGGGGCCGGAUUCGCCUAUUACGCCCCGGGACCCGAGACCUCAGUGUAAAUGCAAAAAAUACGAACAAUUACGCACACACUCGAAUACACACACAUAUACCGGUGAGACAUGGCGUCCAUGCGUUCGGACGCAAGCUUCUCACCAACGUCUCGUGAGAUGUCCGAUUUGGGAUCCGAGUUUUCAAGGUCUUUUUUUAAUUUUCACCCCAGAGUAUAAAUAGAUAUACCCGGAAAACUGCAAUACAACACAUAAGCCACACUCCGUGCCCGCACAUGGAAGGCGAAAAGCAUGGAACGUCCCUACCCACACGGAGCUCAACAUGUGCAUUCUCUGGCCAACGUUUGCUUGGCCGUCCCUUUAGAGACGAGGGCCCUGGCCUCCCAUUCUCACACACUCACACCAUCCGGCAACACCCCCGUUGGGGUCCAACCCCUGUCGGUAUGUUCCUGUUCCUCGCCCAGCUAUCUAUUCUACGUGAAGUUACUUGAAAGCAGCUGCUGUUUCGAGAGGACCGAGGGGGAACCAUCCCGUGAAUAUCUGUGGUUCACCCAUGUCAACGUGUCAACAGUUAGGCCCAUGUCUUCUCUUUUACCUCCUUUUUGAUUGUCCUGAUCCCCUGUCUACUUCACUUUAACCAUUUUUGACCAUUACAAAUAUUUACGUCUGUGGUCCGGCCAAGUAGAAGCAGCAUCCUGGGGUCUGCCCCGUCGUUGUGGGAGUGUUUGUGGGAGAGAGAGAGAGAGAGAGAGUGUGUGUGAGUGUGUGUUUGCAGGUGUCCCUCUGGGUACCUGUAUACUGUAUGAUUGUGCUGUUGUUGUUGACACACCUUUGCCUUACAGUCACCCCACAGCAGCAGGCUAGGUGCCAAAGGAGACAGAGUUGGAGGUGUCAAAGAAGCCUUACAUAACCCAUCAUCAGCUCAGUAGGGAACAAGCUGUGAAGAGAGGGAUGUACACGUUCUCUAACCAUCCUGCCUUAACUCAAAGAGGCCCAUUUAUUUUCAAUAGAAUUAAUAUCUACUCUUCUAUUCGUUGACCACUUUUGCGAGUCGAGCAUCGAUGAUUGUGUACGCCGAUCAUCCAGUGACGUAUGUUCAGCUACGCGAUGUCCCUUUUUCUCUUUUUCGUCCAUGCUUUUUUUGUUGUUAUUUUCAAUAGAAUUAAUAUCUACUCUUCUAUUCGUUGACCACUUUUGCGAGUCGAGCAUCGAUGAUUGUGUACGCCGAUCAUCCAGUGACGUAUGUUCAGCUACGCGAUGUCCCUUUUUCUCUUUUUCGUCCAUGCUUUUUGUUGUUGUCGUCUCUUAUUAAGCCCAUCUCUGUUCGCUCACAUUAUCUGCCUGUGUAGGCUGCUUGAUCUGUGUGUUGCAUGCGGCUCAUCUAUUCUUCCCCUCGCUGUUCCCCUGCCUCACGCUCGCAGGCGUCAUUCAUCACCAACUGUAUCACCAUGACACCGCCCCCCCCCCAUCUCCCAACCCCCCCUUUCCAAUAACAAUGAGAACGUAUACUGCUCAAUGUUGCCUCCCUGUGGCCAUUUAGGGUUUCUGCAGUCGUGUGUUAAUGUUCAUGGGGCGCAUGCUGGAUUGAAGCUCCUUUUGGCCGUUUUUGUCAAGGCUGACAGAGUUGCUACGUGGAUGUCCGGAAUGACUUGAAGUCAUUUGUUGCAUUGUGCUUAAACCUGUCACUUGGUUGUAUGUGUAUGCUUGCUGCUGUGUGCUGCAAAUGUUGGAUGUCGGUUCCCCUAAGAAUGCUUAUGUCAAGCUCCUCGUAUCAGGAGGGGCUUUAUCUAUACUGAAUUGCUCGUUCUGUUUCUUGUUUCCUUUUUUUAUAUACACUGUUAUAAUAACUGUUAUAAUAACAUGACGGUUACUGAUGAUGUCUGGCCGUUCCAUUAUAAUAUGGAGUAAGGAUUGGAGGGGAGGUUGGAUAUUGAAGGAGGAUGGGAGGCUUGAAUCAGCGGCGUCACAAUCAACUCUCAGAAGAAGAAGAAGAAGAAGAAGGAAUGUGGAACUGAUGUGUCCAUAUUGUCCUCCAGCCUAAGAUUGUAGCUUGUAGACGACGCUCUUUUCUACAUUUCUAGCAUUAAGAGUCCUUUUCGGCCAAAGCUUGUCUGUCUGUCUCAAUGAGUAGAGAGAGCUAGACAGUAUGUCUGACUCUGAACCCUCUCUAUAUGUGUGUGUGUGUGUGUGUGUGUGUGUGUGUGUGUGUGUGUGUGUGUGUGUGUGUGUGUGUGUGUGUGUGUGUGUGUGUGUGUGUGUGUGCUGCUCACAACGUUAGCCCCGCAGUCAAGAAACAUCCAGCCAGCUGCAAAACCAUGUACUUAGAUAGAUUGUCUGCCGCUCCCAUUUUGUUUGUGUUUCCUUUCUGCAAAUACUACUGCUCUAGGGUUCAGAGGUCCGGACUCGAUUUUCCGUUGGUUUCUGUUUUUCCACUCGACCUGACACAACCUAUGACCUCAGAGGUUAGCCAGAGAGAGAGAGAGCGAGAGGGAAAUUGGUGCUUGUUAUGCAGUGUUUCACCUCACUAUGGCGUUACGGCCAUACCGUACUGUACACCCCUGAGGUGGCAUGUCACAGAACAAAAGCCCACUACAACCAUGUUGUAAGGUCUAUUUUUAAUACCGCGGAGCAAUGGUGGAACUCAGAUCACUCAAAGACCAUAUAGAUCUAUCUGUAUAGAUAUUAUUUUUCAUUGUUAUUUUUUUAAUCAUUGUCCCAACUCACGACACACUGUCAUUUUUUGUCCAAGGUGUAACUGUUGACUCAAUCAGUUCGUCCUCUUGUGUUAUUUAUGUUGGCCACGGUUGUGAAUACUUAUUUUGCACACUUCUGUAUCCUGGAGAUAAGACUAUUUUUAACACUAUUUAUUUAGAAUAUGUAUUUCAAGUUUGUAUCCAAAACGAGAACAAAAUACAUCCUAUGAGAAUAGCUCAAUAGUUCUACACGCACUUUGUUUUAUGAAACAGAUUAGUUUAUCCCCUAAAAGUUAUAUAGAUAUAUAAAAAGAAGGCCUAAUGUUCACAUAUUGGGGUUUAUAUAAGUGUUCACUUUGUCCUCACAGGUUAUUUUUCUAAGAAUAGUAGUAGUGAGCUAAAACAAAUGUACGUGUGACCAAAUUGACUAGGAAUGAACUGUCUCGAUAGGCGUCAGAUAUCGUCCAAUAGGUUUUAAUUGCACCAGCCUUCUUCUGCUUACUGGAAUGUCAAACAGCUUUUUUAAGCCCAUCGGCGCAACCGCGGCAGGUGCUCGUGACGUCACCUGCUGAGCUCAACGAGCGCGUUGGAUGGCUGUGCUCUCAGUCGCAGCGUAGAGCGAACUGCAUCCCAUACCUUCAGUACUGUACAGUACUGUUUGUAUUACUAAACAGGUUUUGACAACUUUUUUUGUAUGAAAAUUUUAAAAUUAUGUUCAUCUGUUGACUUUUUCCUGUCAGCAUAUCUGUAGCGAAUGAGGGCAAAUCACUGUAUUGUCAUUCUGCCUGUACUAAGGAAGCAAAAUAAAAAAUGAAUAAAAAAGGUCUUGGGUUCUCUCCAUAUAAUUGUCUAAAUUGUAAUGGUUCAACAGUUGCCUAAUUCCAAUUAGAUUAUAUUGUAAAUAAAGCUGUACUUGUC